UUUUAAUUAAACAUCUUAUUUAUCUUAGUAUAAAUAAGAGUAAUGGAAGCAAGACUGAGUUGAUUUCAAGCGUAGAUGAAUCAACAGAUUACUAAUUUCAUAGAGAAAUGAAAAACAUAUUGGAAAAUUUUCAACUAAAUUUGCAUAAUUUGAUGAAUCACAUUUCAAUAAAACAGAAGACAUAUAUAAAGGUUAAAAUAGUUAUUAAUAAUAAGGCUAUUUUCACAAAUGAAUUAGACUAAUAAUGAUUUUAUCUUUUCUUCAUUAAUAGCGGAGAACCUAUUUAAUU